UCCCCCCCCCCCACCCCGAGAACGCGAGACCGCACGUCUCAAGGUGGUUUUUUGCCCUCACGGCGGCGUCUAUUUGCUGAAUAAGUUUUUAUUUUUUCUUUCUAUAAGCUGAGGGGGGACGUGAGGUCCUGACAGAGGCUCCAUCAUGACGACUGUCGAAACGCACAUGACGUACAGCAAUUCGUACACGAUCAACCAGGAAGAGGUGUACAUGACCCAGGAGGACGACUGGGACCGGGACCUGCUGCUGGACCCUGCGUGGGAGAAGCAGCAGAGGAAGACCUUCACAGCUUGGUGUAACUCCCACUUGAGGAAAGCCGGCACACAGAUUGACAACAUCGAAGAGGAUUUUAGAAAUGGCCUCAAACUCAUGCUGCUGCUGGAGGUCAUAUCAGGCGAGCGGCUGCCCAAACCCGACAAGGGCAAGAUGCGUUUCCACAAGAUCGCCAACGUGAACAAAGCUCUGGACUUCAUCUGCAGCAAGGGGGUGAAGCUGGUGUCCAUCGGCGCUGAAGAAAUUGUCGACGGCAACGCGAAGAUGACCCUGGGAAUGAUCUGGACCAUCAUCCUGCGCUUCGCCAUCCAGGACAUCUCCGUGGAAGAGACGUCCGCUAAGGAGGGUCUGCUGCUGUGGUGCCAGAGGAAGACCGCCCCCUACAGGAACGUCAACGUGCAGAACUUCCACAUCAGUUGGAAGGACGGCCUGGCUCUGUGCGCCCUCAUCCACAGACACCGACCGGACCUCAUCGACUACGCCAAGCUGAGAAAGGAUGACCCCAUCGGGAACCUGAACACCGCUUUCGAGGUGGCUGAGAAGUUCCUGGACAUCCCCAAGAUGCUCGACGCCGAAGAUAUCGUGAACACGCCCAAGCCCGACGAGAAGGCCAUCAUGACCUACGUGUCCUGCUUCUACCACGCGUUCGCCGGCGCUGAGCAGGCUGAAACCGCUGCCAACCGCAUCUGCAAGGUGCUCGCCGUGAACCAGGAGAACGAGAAGCUCAUGGAGGAGUACGAGAAGCUGGCCAGCGAGCUGCUGGAGUGGAUCCGCCGCACCACCCCCUGGCUGGAGAACCGCGCGGCGGAGCAGACCAUGCGCGCCAUGCAGCAGAAGCUGGAGGACUUCCGGGACUACCGCCGCAUCCACAAGCCGCCGCGCGUGCAGGAGAAGUGCCAGCUGGAGAUCAACUUCAACACCCUGCAGACCAAGCUGAGGCUGAGCAACCGGCCCGCCUUCAUGCCCUCCGAGGGCAAGAUGGUGUCGGACAUCGCCAACGCCUGGAAGGGUCUGGAGCAGGUGGAGAAGGGCUACGAGGAGUGGCUGCUCACCGAGAUCCGCCGCCUGGAGAGACUCGACCACCUGGCCGAGAAGUUCAAGCAGAAGUGCUCCAUGCACGAGUCCUGGACUGGAGGGAAGGAGGACCUGCUGUCCCAGAAGGACUUUGAGUCGGCCUCCCUGAUGGAGAUCAGAGCCCUGAUGAGGAAGCACGAGGCCUUCGAGAGCGACCUCGCCGCCCACCAGGACAGAGUGGAGCAGAUCGCCGCCAUCGCCCAGGAGCUGAACGAGCUGGACUACCACGACGCCGCCACGGUCAACGCCCGCUGCCAGGGCAUCUGUGACCAGUGGGACAACCUGGGGACCCUCACCCAGAAGAGGAGGGACGCACUGGAGCGCGUGGAGAAGCUGUGGGAGACCAUCGACCAGCUUUACCUGGAGUUCGCCAAGAGGGCGGCGCCCUUCAACAACUGGAUGGACGGAGCCAUGGAGGACCUGCAGGACAUGUUCAUCGUGCACAGCAUCGAGGAGAUCCAGAGCCUGAUCACCGCUCACGACCAGUUCAAGGCCACUCUGCCGGAGGCCGACAAGGAGCGCAUGGCCACCAUGGGCAUCCACAGCGAGAUCCUGAAGAUCGCCCAGACCUACGGCAUCAAGCUGUCCGGAAUCAACCCGUACACCAACCUCUCCCCGCAGGACAUCAGCACCAAGUGGGACACCGUGAAGCACCUGGUUCCCCUCAGGGACCAAAUGCUCCAGGAGGAGGUCGCCAGGCAGCAGGCCAACGAGAGGCUGAGGCGCCAGUUCGCCGCCCAGGCCAACAUCAUCGGACCCUGGAUUCAAACCAAGAUGGAGGAGAUCAGCCACGUGUCCGUGGACAUCGCCGGCUCCCUGGAGGAACAGAUGAACAGCCUGAAGCAGUACGAGCAGAACAUCAUCAACUACAAAUCCAACAUCGACAAGCUGGAGGGAGACCACCAGCUGAGCCAGGAGUCCCUCAUCUUCGACAACAAGCACACCAACUACACCAUGGAGCACGUGCGCGUCGGCUGGGAGCAGCUGCUCACCACCAUCGCCAGGACCAUCAACGAGGUGGAGAACCAGAUCCUGACCCGCGACGCCAAGGGCAUCAGCCAGGAGCAGCUCAACGAGUUCAGGGCCUCCUUCAACCACUUCGACAGGAAGAGAAACGGCAUGAUGGAUCCGGACGACUUCCGCGCCUGCCUCAUCUCCAUGGGCUACGACCUGGGCGAGGUGGAGUUUGCGCGCAUCAUGACCCUGGUGGACGCCAACAACACGGGCGUGGUGACCUUCCAGGCCUUCAUCGACUUCAUGACCCGCGAGACCGCCGAGACCGACACGGCGGAGCAGGUCAUGGCCUCCUUCAAGAUCCUGGCCUCGGACAAGAACUACAUCACGGUGGACGAGCUGCGCCGGGAGCUGCCGCCCGAUCAGGCCGAGUACUGCAUCAGCCGCAUGACCAGGUACAUCGGGGCCGACGGCUCCACCGGCGCCCUGGACUACAUCUCCUUCUCCAGCGCCCUCUACGGGGAGAGCGACUUGUAGACGCCGCCGCCCCCCCUCCCCCCUUCUCCUGUGUGCGGAGAGAGCGGCGACGCCUCCUCCACCGUCCUUCUAUGCGAUCAGUGUUUCCCUCUUUCAAAUCUUAACUUUCUUUCCCCCCGCCCCCCCACCCCCACCUCCUCCUUAACCCCCACCCAAAAAAAAAACACUGUCCAGAGAGGCCGAGAGUAGAACGCUUUGCUCAAAUCAAGCUGCUUGGACGCCUUUUAAGGGAGCAGGAAGGUGUCACCACGCCGGCGUUCAGCAUCAGCAAAGCCUCCUGCUCUCCCCCCCUCUCUCCCCCCCUC